CCCGGAGCUGAGCGCUGAGGAGCUAAAGGAGAAUCGGGCAAGUCAAGCGAUGGAGUGUAGACCCACCGCCAAUGGUAGCCCGGAGAAGAACUCCGUCGGUCCUCCUUCUGCUCAGACCUACCUUGAUCCUCACUACUGGGACGAGAGGUUCUCAUCUGAGGAACACUAUGAAUGGUUCAAGGACUACUCUCAUUUCCAGCAUCUCAUCAAAUCCAACAUCAAUUCCUCUUCUUCCGUUUUGGAGCUGGGAUGUGGGAACUCUCAGCUGUGUGACGAGCUGUAUAAAGAUGGGAUUGUUGAUAUCACCUGCAUUGAUUUAUCUUCCGUUGCCGUCGACAAGAUGCAGACUCGAUUGCUGUCAAAAGGGUACAAAGAAAUAAAAGUGGUGCAAGCUGACAUGCUAGACCUCCCCUUUGACACCGAGUGUUUCGAUGUGGUUAUUGAGAAAGGCACCAUGGAAGUACUGUUCGUGGAUGCUGGUGAUCCAUGGAAUCCCCGUCAAGAAACCGUUAGCAAAGUCAUGGCUACUCUUGAUGGAGUUCACCGGGUUCUGAAACCAGAUGGGAUUUUCAUUUCAAUUACUUUUGGCCAGCCGCAUUUCAGGCGUCCUUUGUUUAUGGAUCCCAAGUUUAAUUGGUCCAUGGAGUACAACACUUUUGGCGAUGGAUUCCAUUAUUUCUUCUAUAUACUAAGAAAGGGAAAGAGACGUAUUGAUGAGAAAGAAGAGGAUGAAAAACAUAAAGAUCCACCAAUAAACAUGUAUCAAGAUGAACUUGAAGGCGAAGACUACCUCUUCCGAACAAGCAUCGACGCUGAGGAAGAUUAGAACAGAUUCGCUGUUUUGUUUGCUGUGUAAUACUCUAACUAUUUUAAUUUGUAACUGUAGUUCAAUCUUUGUGAUUUUAGACAAAAAGAUUAAACUAAAAAUGAAGUUGAACCAUUCCGUAA